AAAAGCGUUUCCGAUAAUAAAAGAAACAGGGCUCAAUUUAGGGUUUGAAGGCACAUCAAUCGAAUGGGCAAAUCCAAAGACGAUUACAAGCUGAAUAGAUCUUCUCUUUCUCCGAGAGAUGAAGAGAGAACCAAAAGGCAUAAAAGUAAGGAAGAUGACAGAAAACAUAAGUCCAAGACGAAGCAAAAAUCUCAUAAAAUUUCCAAGCGACAUUCUGAUAAAGGUAAGAAGAAAUCUAGCGGGAAGCACAAGGACAAAAGCCACAAGCAUGAGAAGAUUUCAAAACUGAAGAUCCAAGAAUUGUCCAAGGAUGACUACUUCUCCAAGAACAAUGAGUUUGCCACAUGGCUGAAAGAAGAGAAAAAAAUAUUUUUCUCAGACCUAUCAUCUGAUUCUGCCCGGAAACUAUUUUCUGAGUUUGUGGAAGAAUGGAAUAACAAAGAUCUCGAGAUCCAAUACUAUGAGGGCAUUGCAACUGGACCAAGGACAUCACAUAAGUGGAACAUCAAACAGUAGUAUGAUUUUUAGUGGUCUCCUUCUGUGUAACUCAUGUUUUCUUAGUUUGUUUGAGUCGAUCGGUUACAGUGCAAGAGGUUCUUGAUAUUUGGGUGGUAGAGACUAGUAACAAGAUACCAAUGGAGUUCAUCUUAAGUUACGGAAUGCUUGUGGAUUGUAUAUGUUCAGUCUCAUCUGUAAAUCCUGUUAUUGAUCAGAAGUUGAUGGUUUUCUUGCCUUGUCUGCAUAUGGUUUUCUUGAGGUCACAUUAAUAAGUCGGGCUUGUGACGUACGGUAUGUAGCGGUUAAUUCUCUCAUAUCCAGUUUUGGUGGCUUUGGUAGUUCUGAAAUUAUACUAUGACUGGGGUCGGUUUUCUAAAUUAUAUGUGGUUUAUUUUCUACCGUCACCGUGUAUGAGAAAUGUUGGGAAAGGCACUGAUGGAAGGAUGGAGAAAUAAAAAUUUAACGCUAUAUAAUUUGCUCUUGUUGAGAGUCGAACUCAAGACCUCCCG